AUGGCAAACAACGGCUCGGCGCAUCAUGCGCGCCGCCUCUCGUAUGAGGGCAAGCCGCUCCAAGACAUCCCCAAGUCCUGGAAAUUUACGUCCAAACUCAAGCCCGAUGCUCUGUUCCCCACCCCGGCUGCCUCGCACAAGACGCCCCGAGAUGAUAUCGGCCCGCGCAUGGUCCGCGACGCCCUCUUCACCUGGGUGCGGCCCGAAAAGCAGCACGAUCCCGAGCUGCUCGCCGUGAGCCCCGCCGCCAUGCGCGACCUCGGCAUCAUCGAUGACGAAAAGAGCACUGAAGACUUUCGGCAGUUCGUUGCAGGAAACAAGCUCUAUGGUUGGGAUGAGGACACGCUGCAGGGCGGCUACCCAUGGGCCCAGUGCUAUGGCGGUUAUCAGUUUGGUCAAUGGGCCGGCCAGCUCGGAGACGGCAGAGCCAUAUCUCUUUUCGAGACGACGAACCCGGCCACUGACAUUCGCUACGAGCUGCAGCUCAAGGGUGCCGGCCUGACCCCGUACUCGCGCUUUGCCGACGGCAAGGCCGUUCUCAGGUCCAGCAUCCGCGAGUUCAUCGUCUCCGAGGCCUUGAACGCCCUGUCUAUCCCCACGACGCGCGCACUGUCUCUUACCCUACUACCGCACUCCAAGGUCCUUCGCGAAAGACUCGAGCCGGGCGCCAUCGUCCUGCGCUUUGCCCAAUCCUGGCUGCGUCUCGGCACCUUUGAUCUCUUGCGAUCCCGGGGUGACCGCAAACUGAACACGGACAAUACCUCUGUGUUCGGCCUGUCCAUUGACUUUGGCCCUUUUGCUUUCAUGGAUAAUUUUGAUCCUUCUUACACACCGAACCACGACGACGCCAUGCUACGGUACUCCUACAGGAACCAGCCUACCAUUAUCUGGUGGAACUUGGUCCGCCUCGGCGAAUCCCUUGGAGAGCUGAUGGGUAUGGGCUCAGCAGUCGACGACGAAUCAUACAUUGCAGAGGGCGUCAAGAAGGGCCAGGAGGAUGAAGUUAUCGCCCGAGCCGAGAAACUCAUCACGCAAGCCGGCGAAGAAUACAAGCACACCUUCUUGUCAGAGUACAAGAGGCUGAUGACUAGACGCCUUGGCCUGCGCCAACAAAGAGAAUCUGAUUUUGAUGUGCUCUUCUCUGAGGCCUUGGACACACUGGAAGCCUUUGAGCUAGACUUUAGCCACUUCUUCCGUCGGCUCAGCAGUGUCAAACUCGCCCAAGUCGCGACCGAGGACGCUCGACGCCAGACAGCCCGCAUCUUCUUUCACAAUGAAGGCCUGCCAAAGACAGUCACGGAGAGCGAUGCACUGGAUCGUAUCUCCAAAUGGCUGUCUAAGUGGCAUGACAGGGUCGUUGGGGACUGGUCGUCUGAUGGGGCUGUCACUGAAGGCGCAGAGGCCGAAAGGAUACAAGCCAUGAAGCAGGUGAACCCGAAUUUUGUGCCCCGAGGCUGGAUUCUGGAUGAAAUCAUUCGCCGUGUUGAAAAAGAGGGAGACAGAAAUGUCCUGGAUCGCGUGAUGCACAUGGCUCUACACCCGUUCCAUGAUUCCUGGUCAGGCCUGGAAUUUGACGGUGCUACAUAUCAGGGCGAUAGGGAUGAAGAGCGACGCUGGGUUGGCGACGUGCCUCGUUUCGAGCGAGCGAUGCAGUGCAGUUGCAGUUCUUGA